GGCCACAAAUACUUAAUUACGAUGCGCUUUUUAACAGGAUCUUCAAAUCAUACUUGGUCACCAAUUAUGACAAUAGAUACAACAACUCUGAGUUAUUGGCUGAACUGGAGAUUUUUAAUAUGUGCAAUAUUGAUAUUAGCAGCUAUGGUGGUAUCACUUCUCCUUAUAUGGAAGUAUGAUGGUUCUUCAAAGUCGAGAAGCCACCGAAGAGAAAAUGGGCAAAAUAAAGCAGCAUUUUUGGACAAAGAUGAUGUUUGGAAGACAUGUUAUAAAGCAAUCCAUCCUAAUUGGUUGCUUGCUUAUAGACUAAUUGCUUUCUCCCUACUUCUCUCUUUACUCACUGCAGAUAUAGUUCUCCACGGCGUACGCAUACUUUAUUUCUAUACUCAGUGGACAUUCACCUUGGCUACGGUCUACUUUUUGCUAGGAUCUUCACUGUCCAUCCAUGGCUGUCUCCAAUCUUGCAAGGGAGGUAGUGGUGCUAGCACUGAUGGUGUUGAUACAGAGAGAGGCACUUACAUUGCUCCAGUUCCUGAAAAUGCAAGCGUACUUAUUGUAUCCAAUGGCUUGAAUUCCCAUGGCGAGCCACAUGAUUAUUGCGGCCUGGCCUUGCAAAUAGUCUUCCAGAUGACUGCAGGUGCCGUUGUGCUUACAGAUUGUGUUUUUUGGCUCCUUAUCUAUCCGUUCCUUACUGACAAAAACUACAAAUUACAUUUUCUGGCUGUUUGUAUGCAUUCUGUCAAUGCUAUUUGCCUUCUAGGUGAUGUGUGUCUAAAUCGUCUACGGUUCCCUUUCUUCCGGAUAGCAUAUUUUGUUCUUUGGACAUGCGUCUUUGUCAUUUUCCAGUGGAUCCUCCAUAUUUUUGUCUCGUUGAGGUGGCCGUAUCCCUUUCUAGAUUUGUCAUCUCAAUAUGCUCCCCUUUGGUACUUUGCUGUCGGUAUUCUCCAUCUGCCUUGCUAUGGAAUGUUUGCCGUACUGAUUAGAAUAAAGACUUGUUGGUUAUCCAGAUUGUUUCAUAGCCCGAUCGAGAUGUAAGUCAUGUUGGAGAUGGUCAAUGAGUUCAAACUCCAUUAACCAGCCCAGCGUUACACGAAAUUGUAUUCUUGUUUCUGUGGUAUUUUUU